UAAUAUUGUUAAUGAUCUGAUAUAGCUAUGAGAUCUGAGGGCUCUCUAAUAAUACAUUUGUUACAUUUAAUGGGUUGCUCUUGUUACUUCUAUAAUGAAUUUGUGUUUAUUCUUUGCAAUUUGAAUAUGCCAUGUACUUAUCCUAUUCCUAUGUUUCUUUUAUUAAUUUGAUGAAGAAGAAAGAACAAUCACCUUGUCCUCUAUAUCUUCAAUUAACACUAAAGAAAUUAAGAUGUGUUUUCAUGUUUUAAAAAGUUUUCCAUGUGUAUUUUUAAGACUAGUAAAACUUUAGUUGGUGUUAACUGUUACUUUAACUGUGAACUUGUGGCUCUUGAAUGGCAGAGAAUCUUAUGAUUACUUCUGCCACCCAAUUUGCACUAUCACUUGAGUUAUCUCCUUGUUUUUCUUUGAAUUCGAGAAUAUUCACUCUACUUGCUUGGACACAGGUAAGUUCAUCACAAAGGCAUUUUUUCUUCUUUUAAAAGUUCUAGAUCAAUCUUGCACCAAGUUUUUUCUUAGAUGUUGAAUUUAGCAACUAGCAUUACUUUGAAGGUUUAAGAAAUAUACUAGAAUUCAUAUUUUUGCUAUUAUUUUGCUUUCUUGACAAGAAACAGAUUUUAGUUAAAUAUAAAAUCAGAGCUAAUUAAUUCUUAGCAUUUCUGUUCAUUGUAAUCUUUCUGAUUCUUAUGCUAGUUAAAUAUAAACAUGAAAGCAUACUUACUGUUAACUGUGGCCAGUGGAAUAAUGCAGAUAAAGCCUCUCAUAGGACCAACAAAGCAGAUCAUGAAAAUUGGUGUGAAAAGUUAUGACUGGCAUGAGCUUUUCCCAAAAGUACAGAAUAACGCUGGUGCAAUAAUUGCAGUAUGGGCUCCUAUAGUAGUUGUAUAUUUCAUGGACACACAGAUAUGGUAUUCUGUACAAUAUUUGGUGGACUUUAUGGUAUUUUGCAACACCUUGGUGAGGUAAGCCUUUUCUUCUACAUAUUUCUCACUAUUAGAGUACAUUGGCAAUGUUCUUACUCUAGUGGAAUGUAUCAGAGCUUACCGCAUUAUCAUUAAGGUAAGUUUUGGUUUUUUUCGUUGAUAUGUUGCUUUAGAAG